UUUAUGCUGUGGGGGUCUUUUACGUUAGGAGGUGUUCUAACAAAUAAUAGUUUAUUGUGGAAUUUGGUCAUUUUUUCUUAAAGUACAUUUCUGAUGUGCUACACUGUACUAAACAGUCCCAGUAAUGUGCAACUUUGUUACACAGUGUCCCUGAAAACAUUUAUAAAUCUUGGCAAAUAUUCCUAAAGGCGUUGCUGUGUGAGAACAAGAUAGGGAAAAUCCAGCCUAGCACAGGGUUCACUACAAUACUGGGGGAUAAAAAAAUUAAUCUGACCUGCUCUCCCACAUUCCAAGGCUGGGUUCAUGGUGAGCUGAACACUUACAUCAUAUAGCUAAAGUUGUUAAAACCGCAAUUAUGUGAGCCAAGUUUCCAAUUCGCUGAGAAAGGUGAACUUUUCCAUUUUUUAAAAUCAGACUGCAGUCAUUUUUUCUAUUUAGAAGCAGAAAACACUAAUGCUUCUCUUCUGAUUUUUUUUUUCUCCUAAAGGAAGUUGGAGUUAUUGCAGGGCAUUUGGAGCAAGUUCCCUUCAAAGAUACCUGGUGUGGAAUAGAGUUCCUGGCAGUAUAUAUAGGAGGGGAUGGAGAGGUGGCUAUGAGUAUUGUACACUGUAUCUCACAGGCAGGUAGAGGAAGCUGACGCUCUGUGCCAGGACCAAAAGGGAAGCACACAAUGCAGUGCAACCAGGAUAUGGACUAUUACAUGAGCUUGUGCCUUGCCAUUAUUAGCGUUGUCUUCCUAAUCAGACAGUUCACUUAUCCUGCUGCUUAUGGGAAACAUGUUGCCACUGGCAAGAAGCAAAAUGAAUUCAUGGUCUCGGCAAGGUAUGGCUGGUUUAUUCAAGAGUUACCCUCCUUCUUGGUGCCGGUUGUUGUUAUACUGUACAGACAGCAAUGCAGUUCCCUUGGCUGCAAGAUGCUUUCAUUCAUGUUCUGUGGACACUAUUUUCACAGGACUUUUAUCUAUUCUGCUUUCACAAGAGGAAGACCAUCACCCCUACGCAUAGUACUUAUGGCUGUUGUAUUCUGUACCUAUAACGGAUUUCUGCAAGGACACUGUAUGGUUUAUGUAGCUACAUAUCCAAAAGACUGGUGUAUGGAUCUACGAUUUCUAUCAGGUGUGUUAAUAUUCUGUCUUGGAAUGGGGAUCAACAUUCACAGUGAUUAUAUUCUACGCAGAUUAAGAAAACCCAGUGAGGUGGCAUACAAAAUACCCCAAGGAGGAAUGUUUAACUAUGUAUCUGGGGCAAAUUUCUUUGGUGAAAUUGUUGAAUGGUGUGGAUAUGCUGUUGCAACAUGGUCACUGCCAGGAUUUGCCUUUGCUUUCUUUACACUGUGUUGCAUUGGCCCACGGGCUUACCAUCAUCACAAAUUUUACCUUCAAAGUUUUAAAGACUAUCCAUCAGAAAGGAAAGCCCUGAUACCAUUUAUUUUCUAACUCAACGGAAAGGGGGAAGGCUUUUAGGAGAUUGCUCAGUGCUCUUCAUGGGAGUCUUAUUGCAUUUUUUCAUAUGUUGGAUAAACACACACUUCUAGCUCUAUACAAAAAUAAACAUCUUCCAAAUGUAUAUUUUUAUUUAACGCUUGUCUGUAUAUAAUUUCUUUUCAAAACUGAAUUGUAUGCCACAUAUGGAUAUACUGUCAAAUCAGUCAGACCUUUGGAAUAUGGCAGUACAAUACAUGCUUGUGACUUUGCAAGUUCUGUUUAAAGCAUUAUUGAAACAUACCUAUGACAUAAAGGAUUUAAGUCAGUAUCCUUUAAUAGACACCAGCUCUAUUCCAAAUUCUGCCUUAUUUCCCUAUCCAAAGCCUAUUUUUAUUUUGGAGUGCCAGACUGAGGAGCAGUUACUAAGCCGAGAUGUACUUUCAGCUUUCACAGUUGGUUUGAUAGACAGGAAUAAUAUGCCUGUUGGGCAUUUACUCCCCAUCCCAAGAAUAGUUACACAAGUACAUACAUAACUGUUACUGUUAGUUAGGAUAAACACUACAGCAAAAGCAACAUGUUUUCUUUUAUGUUGAAUACAUAUUUUAACUUGUGCUAAAGAUAUUAUUGAAGAGGAUAUUUUUUUUUAGUUGACAACUGAUAUUAUUUUAUUAUUACUGAGCAAUUCUCACAAAUGAUGCAGUAGCUGUGACUUCAGUUUUUCAAAUAAACAUGCUCACUGCUAAAUUAC